UCAACUUACUCCGCGUAGCGCAGUUGAGACUGGAUCGACAGCUGGUGCGAGGAUGGCAUUAUUAUGCGCUGGGGCAAUGUUGCACAAUUUCAUCACUUACUUUAGAAUGACUGUGAAGAUAAAGGUUGCUUCAUCCCCCAACUACAAUUUGGGUCAUUAACUCUGUAGGCUCCAGUUCUCAAGGGACGUUACUUCGUACAAAUGUCACUGAAAUUCAGAUUAACUGUUCAAAAUACCGUUACUUCUGUUAUUCUAAUAAGACGUUUAAAGCAGCCGUUAUACUUGUACUUAUAGAGAAUAUAACUCUUUCGUAAUAGUUCAUAGAAUUUGAAUUGAACUUGAAGUAAAUAGUUUUGUUCAGGUUAUUUUUUUAUUUACUAAUUUUGAUUGAAAUAGCCAGCAUACAAUAGUAUGGCUUUGGAUUUCAUUGCAGGAUGUGUUGGGGGAUGUGCAGGCGUUUUGGUUGGCUAUCCUUUAGAUACAGUCAAGGUUCGACUACAGACUCAGGAUGCCAGAAAGCCUGCGUACAGAGGAACAUUUCACUGUAUUGCCACCAUCGUCCAAAAAGAAUCGGUGCAUGGUUUAUACAAGGGGAUGUCUUCUCCAAUGUGUAGCCUUGCCUUUAUCAAUGCCAUUGCCUUUGGAGUCUAUGGUAAUGUUCAUCGUUCAUUUAGUGACCCCAACUCCCUGAUGAGUCAUAUGGCUGCUGGAGCUGCUGCUGGGACCAUCCAGAGUAUUAUCUGUAGUCCUAUGGAGCUGACCAAAACCCGCUUGCAACUUCAGGGCCAGGAAGCAAUCACAAUUACACCUCGAUUCCUUCAUUCCACAAAUACAAUGUACUCUUAUAGCAGUCCUCUUGACUGCCUGUUGAAGACGAUGCAAAGAGAAGGGUUUCGUGGACUUUUUAAAGGAUUACCCUGCACCAUCCUGCGUGACGCUCCAGGUUUUGCUUCCUACUUCGGUAGCUUUGAAAUAUUGACGCGCAUGUUGUCUGAAGGUGAAAAUGGGCUUAGUACAACAAGUCUAUUAGCUGCUGGUGGACUAGCAGGUAUCUUUUCAUGGAUUGUAACCUACCCUGUAGAUGUAAUCAAGUCUCGUCUUCAAGCAGAUGGUGCUCUUGGACCACCACAGUACACUGGCUUAUGGGAUUGCUGCUCUAAAAGUUACAACAAGGAGGGACUAAAGGGGUUUACCCAAGGUUUGAACUCAACACUGAUCAGGGCCUUUCCAACCAAUGCUGCCACUUUCUUGGUCUUCUCCUGGGUUUUUAACCUGUUCUGUCAAGAUAGACGAGCCUUUGAUUUUCCAAUGGACAAGCAUACAAAAAGUAUCUUAUGGGAGAAAGAGAUUUAUAGAGUUAAUAAAAUUGCCUGUAUCGAUAACUUUCUUUAAUUAGUUGCAUUUAUUUAAUUCAGCCAUUCCUAAUUAGUUAGUUGCAAAAUCAACGUAUGAUGUGUAUGGCAAAAACAAAAAAAAGUAUUUAUUUUGCAGAUGUAAUGUUUAAAUACAUUGUGUCCCCAGAAGACUUUUAAAGUUAACUGUAUAACGUUAAAUAUUACAAUAUAUUUAAUAGUGAAAAUUAAUGACUGCCAGUCAUGAAAUGCUGUUAUCGACUGUCGUGGUAUUUAAUAGGGAACCAUUUUCAGAGCUAAUGUUUCAACUUCUUAAAUAUUUAGGUUUUACAGUGCAUAAAUCCAAUAAUAUCUUCAUACUUGUAUGGUUAUUUUUUAUAUUUGGAAUGAAUAUUACUUACUGAGGGUGA